GUGACCAUCACUGAUCACUUGGGUCUGUUGACUUUUUUUGGCAUGGAAAACCCUUCAGAUAAUGUGGCUUUUUUAAGCUCGAAACUAGCUCCCUUAAGAAUAGCAAUUGAUGAUAUAGUAUCUGCUACCGACAACUUUUCCAAAAAAAACUUCAUAAAACGAGGUCAUUUUACAGAUAUUUACAAAGGAAAACUACUUUUGCGGUCUAAAGAAGAUUGGAUCGAUGUUGUUAUUCGGAGGUAUCUUCCUUCAUUCAGGCUAUUACAAAAUGAGUUCUUGAGAGAGAUCCAAAAACACUCUGACCUGAUUAACCAUACAAAUACUCUGCCUAUAGUUGGGUUCUGUGACGAGAAUGGUGAGAAAAUCAUGGUUUUCGAGUAUCAACAAAACGGAAGUCUCGAAAAAUAUAUAACUGAUCCAACGGCUCUCACUUGGUCCCAAAAAUUGAAAAUAUGUCUAGGUGCCGCUAGUUUUUUGCGACAUGUUCAUGAAAAUAUUGAAAGUGGUCUACAACAGAAUAAUGGGUUUGACCAUGAAAUCAAGAGCUCUAAAAUUCUGUUAGAUAAAGAUUGGGAAGCCAGGGUAUUUUGUUUUGGAUUUGACAUACGACAUUACGUUACUCGUAUAAAUUUAUCGUUUUCAAGAUCUAGCUACACAGACCCAGAAUAUAAUGGAUCCCAUAUGUCUGAUGUAUACGCUUUCGGAGUAAUAUUGUUUGAAGUCAUAUGUGGGAAGAAAGCAGCAGAGGUUAAUAAUAAAGACGGCGGUAGUGGAUAUGAUUCAUUUGUUCGAAUGGUCAAGAAACACUAUGAAGAUCGAAGAACCUUAAAUGACAUUAUCAAUCCUGAUCUAAGGAAACAAAAGAACCGGUUUUCGUUGCCGAUCGUGUCAGAAAUAGCUUAUAAUUGUGUCCAGGAAGGAAGCAAGCGCCCAAGCAUGAAUCGGAUAGUGGAAGGACUUGAGCAAGCGUUGUAUAUUUCUUUGAAAGAGGAAAAGCUUAUGGAAAUUCAACUUGAUGUCAUAUUGUCGGCCACCAACAAGUUUGAUGAAACAUGUUGUAUUGGCAAGGGGGGAUAUGGGAAAGUGUAUAAAGCACAACUCUAUCUUUCUGAAAUCAUGAAUGAUGAUAAAUUGCCUAGAUAUCGAACUACAGUAGCCAUAAAACACAUUACGCGUAAAGACGAGAUAGUGAACAAAGAGUUCCGAGACGACCUAGAAUUUCUACAUGGAUGUGAUCAUCCCAACAUACUUCAUCUUUUUGGAUUUUGUGUUGAAGGUGAAAGGAUUCUUGUGUGUGAGUAUGCUUCUAACGGAAGUCUCGAUGAUUAUCUCGAAAGUGUAGACAAAAUAAUUAAUCUUACAUGGGAUCAACGAUUGAAGAUGUGCCUUGGUAUCGCAAAUGGCUUAAAUUACCUGCACAAAGCCAUGGGCGACAAAAGAGUUAUAAUACACCGUGAUAUAAAGAGCGGUAACAUUCUUUUGGAUGAGAAUUUGGAGGUCAAGAUUGCUGAUUUCGGGCUUUCUAUAUUCCACCCUACAAAUAACCCGGAAAGCACUAUAUACCCAAAGAUAUUGGCAGGCACACCAGGGUAUGCGGAUCCAGAAUACAUGAAGACCGGCAAGUUGAGAGUAGAAUCCGAUAUUUACUCUUUUGGAGUAGUUUUAUUUGAAAUUCUAUCCGGUAAGUUGGCCUAUGAUCCAUUUUACACCAACCAACAUGAGAAGGGGCUUGCACCUACGGCACGAAAACACUUCAAUAACGGAACAAUAAUGGAAUUGGUAGAUGCAAGAUUAAUGAAUGAAGCUCAUGAACUCAGUUCCACACUAAAAUUAGGACCAGAUAAACGUUCUUUAGUCGCAUUUUGUGAAGUCGCAUCUAAGUGUUUGGCAAAAACUCAAGUCCUUCGUCCAAAAAUGAAUUUCAUAAUCGAAGAACUUGUGAAAGCAUUACAUUUUCAAGUAAGUCAUUGUUUCAAGGUUAUGGUAACAUUAUAUCUAUCUUAUAUAUAUCCAUACUAUCAUAUAAAAUAUUUCUUCAUUGUCUUAAAACUUAACAAUAUAAAACACCAAAUUACUAGAUUGUGUCCAUUGACUAUCGAUUUUGAAAGUACAUUAGUUUGCAAGAAAAUUGGAAUAAGAUAG